ACCGAACACUUCCGACAGACGAUACGAAAAUUCAUAUUCAUUAUUUUAAUAAUACGAAAAAAAUCACAUUACGUCGCUAAAAUUCUAUGUCGUCGUCAUUGGCGUAUUGCGAGAAACGCUUUCAAGAUUGAAUCCGUAUCGAAUGUGAAUUAAUAAAGUUACCGUUUUGAAGUCAUCAAAGUGUUUCUUGUACUUGCAUUUGUGAAUCAAUGGUGAUGUGGGGUUCAGUUUUAGAUAUAGGAUCGUAUGUGAAAAAGAAUCGCAAAUUUUAUACGUAGUGUAGUGAAUAUUUAAUUAUAGAAUACAUUGGGGACCAACUUCCUUCAGAGAUAAUCCUACAAAAUCCUAUUCUAUUCCUUAGUGUAUAUGUGUGUUGAAACUUUUGCGUGCGAACAUGCUGUUGCACAGCGUAUGACAUUAGACGUUCGUGGUUGGGGAUCGAGACUGGGUAGAAAGAUAUAUAGGUCAGGAUGAACGCGAACGGAGAUUCUCAGGGCCUCGUGCCAGCUGCCCCCGCCACCACACCCACCGCCCCCCCCAUCACCACACCGCCUGCUCAUGUCGACGGCUCCUUACUUCCGAUCCCACCAGUCGCCCCUAGGAAACCAGUCCGCAGGGGAGCCAAGGCACAACCAGAGAGGCCGAAGAGAGCACUCUUCUGCUUGACGAUGAAAAAUCCUCUCAGAAAAGUCUGCGUUGACAUCGUGGAAUGGAAACCCUUCGAGUGGAUGAUCCUAACGACAAUAUUCGCGAACUGUAUCGCCUUGGCUGUCUACACGCCGUAUCCUGCCAGCGACUCCAAUUACACCAACUGGGUUCUGGAGAAAAUUGAAUACGUAUUCCUUGUGAUCUUCACCGGGGAAUGCGUGAUGAAGAUCAUCGCUUAUGGCUUCGUGAUGCAUCCAGGGUCUUACCUUAGAAACGGAUGGAAUUUGCUCGACUUCACUAUAGUGGUUAUCGGAAUGGUGAGCACAGUCCUGUCAAGCAUCUUCAAGGACUCUUUCGAUGUGAAAGCUCUACGAGCGUUCAGAGUACUUCGCCCACUCAGGCUGGUUUCUGGAGUACCGAGUCUGCAGAUCGUGCUGAAUUCUAUCUUAAAAGCGAUGGUCCCUCUCCUCCACAUAGCUUUACUUGUGAUAUUCGUCAUCAUCAUCUACGCCAUCAUCGGUCUCGAGCUGUUCUCCGGGAAGAUGCACAAGAGCUGCUUCAAUAAAUACACAGAUGAGAUAAUGGACAGUCCCCAUCCGUGUGACAACGACAAUGGCUUCAACUGCUCCUCCCUCGGCCCAGAGAUGGAGUGUCGCGAGGGCUGGCCUGGCCCUAACUUUGGCAUCACCAACUUUGAUAAUUUCGGUCUCUCCAUGCUAACCGUCUUCCAAUGCAUCACGCUCGAAGGGUGGACCGAUGUCAUGUAUAAUAUCCAAGACGCCAUGGGUAACAGCUGGGAAUGGAUUUACUUCGUUUCGAUGGUGAUUCUGGGAGCUUUCUUCGUGAUGAACCUGAUUCUCGGUGUGUUGUCCGGUGAGUUCUCUAAAGAAAGAGAGAAAGCGAAGAACCGAGGUGACUUCCAGAAGUUAAGAGAAAAGCAGCAGUUAGAAGAAGAUUUGAAAGGUUACCUAGAUUGGAUCACUCAAGCGGAAUACUUGGAGCCCGUGGACCAACAUGACAACAGCAAUCAGAAAGGAGAUUUCGGAGGACCGACACAGAACGAGCACGAUUCCACGGAUCAUCUCGGCGUAGAAACAGUUGAACCACAGAAAGUGUCGAUCUCAUGGAAAAAGGAUUUUGAUAAGGUGAACCGCCGCAUGAAAAGGGCCUGUCGAAAAGCGGUCAAAUCGCAAACAUUCUACUGGCUGAUCAUAGUUUUAGUCUUCCUGAACACGGUAGUGCUCGCCAGUGAACAUUAUCGGCAACCAGAGUGGCUGGACCAUUUCCAAGAAUACGGAAACGCGUUCUUCGUGGCUCUAUUCACUUUAGAAAUGUUAGUCAAAAUGUACAGCCUGGGAUUGCAAGGCUACUUCGUUUCACUAUUCAACCGUUUCGACUGCUUCGUCGUGAUCGGCUCCAUCAGCGAGAUGGUGCUGACGAAGAGCGAGGUGAUGCCUCCACUGGGCAUCUCCGUGCUGCGAUGCGUCAGGCUGCUUCGAGUCUUCAAGGUUACGAAAUAUUGGCGUUCACUGUCCAACCUUGUAGCGUCACUCCUCAACUCGAUCCAGUCAAUCGCAUCUCUACUUCUGUUACUGUUCCUGUUCAUCAUGAUCUUUGCACUCCUCGGGAUGCAAGUUUUUGGAGGGAAAUUCAACUACGACCCUGUGGAAGAAAAGGACAGGCACAAUUUCGAUUGCUUCUGGCAGGCAUUAUUGACUGUUUUUCAGAUCCUGACUGGUGAAGACUGGAACGCGGUUAUGUAUGAAGGUAUCAAGGCAUAUGGAGGCGCAGGCACGGUCGGAAUAGUAGCUUGUAUAUAUUUCAUCAUAUUGUUCAUUUGCGGCAACUAUAUUCUUCUCAAUGUGUUCUUGGCCAUUGCUGUUGACAACUUGGCGGAUGCUGAGUCGCUCACUAAUAUCGACAAGGAAGAGGGGGCUUGUGAAGAAAAGGAAGAGAGUAUGGUAGCUAUAGAAGGAGUUCAAGGUGAUACUGAUGAUGAAUACAUACAUGAUGAUGAAGCGUAUACCACUGAUAAUUCUGAAAGGGAAUAUGAAGAAACAGGGUCAGAAGGUGACCCGCAAGAUGAGAUCGAAGAAGAAGAAGAAGAAGAAUUAGAUGAGAACGAGUUAGAAGAUAGAGUCGAAGAGGAACAAGAAAGAGAUGAAGAUAUGGAAAUGAUGGAAGGACACCAGCGGAAUCAUAUAGUGAACACAGAGUUUGCGGAGGAGCAUCGUUUGAAACGCAAACCCACUACAUCAUCAGCUCGACCUCGCCGCCUCUCCGAGGUUGAUAUACACGACUCAAAGAAACCGAUACCCGAAGCGUCUUCCUUCUUCAUAUUUAGCAAAACAAACAGGUUUCGAGUUCUGUGCUACAAAUUGUCGUCUUCUUCGACAUUUGGAAAUAUAAUAUUGGUCUGUAUUAUGCUUUCGUCGGCCAUGUUGGCUGCUGAAGAUCCAUUGGAUGCAGUUCAGAGUGGAUUCAGAAACUGGUUACUCAGCCAAUUCGACGUGUUCUUCACUGGUAUAUUCACGCUGGAGCUGUUUCUGAAGCUGGUGACGUACGGGCUGAUCCUCCACCAGGGUGCCUUUCUGCGAUCCGCCUUCAACGUUCUCGACAUGCUGGUCGUUUGCGUAUCGCUUGUGUCUAUGAAUCUUAAGUCUGGUAGUAUAUCCGUGGUGAAAAUAUUACGAGUGUUCAGGGUGCUCAGACCGCUCAGGGCUAUCAACAGGGCGAAGGGUCUUAAGUAUGUGGUGAAAUGUGUGAUAGUAGCGAUUAAGACAAUAGGAAAUAUAAUGCUAGUUACAUAUUUAUUACAAUUUAUGUUCGCUGUGGUCGGUGUGCAAUUGUUUAAGGGUAAAUUUUUUAGAUGUAAUGAUAUUUCUAAGAUGACAAAAGAAGAAUGUCAGGGAACCUAUUUAGUAUUUGAGAAUCGUAAUUACGUUGUAAGAGACCGGGAAUGGAAACGCAACGACUUUCAUUUCGACAAUGUGAUGAAGGGAAUGCUUACUUUGUUCACUGUGUCGACGUUUGAAGGCUGGCCAGGGUUGCUGUAUGUUUCAAUAGAUUCAAAUGCGGAGGAUCGCGGUCCCAUAACUAACUUCCGUCCAAUUGUUGCAGCCUACUACAUUAUUUAUAUUAUUAUAAUUGCCUUCUUUAUGGUAAAUAUAUUCGUGGGUUUCGUCAUAGUGACAUUCCAAAACGAGGGUGAACAGGAAUACAAGAAUUGUGAACUAGACAAGAAUCAGAGAAACUGUAUUGAGUUUGCGUUGAAAGCAAAGCCGAUCAGAAGGUACAUUCCCAAGCACCGCAUUCAAUACAAAGUGUGGUGGUUCGUCACCUCACAGCCGUUUGAAUAUGCGAUCUUCGUCCUCAUCAUGAUCAACACCAUCACGUUAGCCAUGAAGUACCACAACCAGUCCAUCGAAUAUAGCAAGGCUUUGGACAUGCUCAAUAUGUUGUUCACGGCCGUUUUUGCCUUGGAGUUCAUAUUCAAACUAGCUGCGUUUAGAUUUAAGAACUACUUCGGGGACGCUUGGAACACCUUUGACUUCAUUAUAGUACUCGGAAGCAUCAUUGAUAUAGUCGUUUCGCAAGUAAACGAAUUGAAGAAUCAGGGAAGUGGCAUGCCCAGAAUACAUGUUGUAAAGGAGAGCUCAAUACCGUCGAUAAACUUCUUCCGUUUGUUUCGUGUGAUGAGACUCGUGAAGCUGCUGUCCAGGGGCGAAGGCAUCAGAACGUUGUUGUGGACCUUCAUAAAGUCGUUCCAAGCCCUCCCGUACGUCGCUCUGCUGAUACUGAUGCUGUUCUUCAUUUAUGCUGUUGUGGGCAUGCAGGUAUUCGGAAAGAUAGCAAUAGACGACAAUACUCCGAUCACAAGGAACAAUCACUUCCAGACAUUCCCGCAGGCUAUAUUAGUGUUAUUCAGAUCUGCCACAGGUGAAGCAUGGCAGGACAUCAUGAUGGGAGUGUCGCCAGACUCUGAGGUCAAGUGCGAUAAGAAUUACCACGAGGAAGUGGGAGAGGAUAGCGAAGGCACCUGUGGAAGUGUAUUAGCAUUCCCAUAUUUUAUAUCAUUUUAUGUGUUAUGUUCUUUUCUGAUUAUCAAUUUAUUCGUUGCGGUCAUUAUGGAUAACUUUGACUAUCUAACUAGAGAUUGGUCAAUAUUGGGACCACACCACUUAGAUGAAUUUAUAAGACUUUGGAGCGAAUAUGACCCUGACGCAAAGGGUAGAAUAAAACAUUUAGAUGUAGUUACUUUACUAAGAAAAAUAAGUCCGCCUUUGGGAUUCGGCAAGCUCUGUCCUCACCGCGUUGCCUGCAAACGACUAGUUUCCAUGAACAUGCCUCUCAAUUCAGAUGGCACUGUUCUCUUCAACGCUACACUGUUCGCCGUCGUCAGAACUUCAUUGAAGAUUAAAACGGAUGGUAACAUUGACGACUGCAACACAGAAUUAAGAGCAGUGAUAAAGAAAAUCUGGAAACGCACAUCACCAAAACUCCUGGACCAAGUAGUUCCUCCACCAGGCGACCCCAACGAGAUCACAGUCGGAAAGUUCUACGCCACCUUCCUAAUCCAAGACUACUUCAGGAGGUUCAAAAAGCGGAAAGAACAAGAAUUAAGGCAAAAUGAUGAGCAAACGCAUCAGAUGACGCUGCAAGCCGGAUUGAGGACUUUGCAUGAAGCCGGGCCGGAACUAAAGAGGGCUAUCUCUGGUAAUCUGGAUGAUAUAACGGCCGAGUUAGAUGUACCUAUGCAUAGGAGAAAUCACUCGCUGUUUGGAGGUGUCUGGUCAAGUAUACGACGGCACGGUCCUAACAGACAUCUUCAUAGACACAGAAAAGAGCCGCCGCCAGAGGCUGUUGGCAAUCAUUUAAGCUCCUUAAUGCAGAAAGAAUAUGGGGUUGGACCGUUGCCGCUGACACCCAAUUUGGCAAACGGACAACCAAAAGAACAGAUACCAAUGAGGCCUCUUAUACUAAACGGUGAAUCAGAAAAAAUAUAUCAAGUCUUAGACAACCAAAAGUCGAACUACCCCGAAAUGCUCGGGCAGAUCGGGCUCGCGUUCGGGUGCGUGAACUACUUGUCGGCGGCGGGAGGGAGCUCGCGACAACGCGUCCACCCAGAGGACGACGAGCGAGCGGAGACGAUCCAGCCGAAGAUAUCGCCGCUGCUGGCGAGCGCCUGCACUCCCACGACGGAGGCGCGCACGAUGACGCUGUACGGCUACAACGCGGCGGCGCGGUUACCGUUCGCGUUCUCUCACGGCGGACGCCGGUCGCUCCGCGCGUGUCGCACGGCGCCGGCGGUGGCAGGUCGGAUGGUGCGCAGCGCGUCAUCGGGCGCCGCGCCCCGCCUCGCCCCGCACGCCGCCGUGCCCCGCCCCCACCCAGGUCGCGCACGACCCCUUCCCUCCCUGCCUCUUCCGACCUUUUCUCUUAAACUCAACCUGAACGUCUGUUUCAAUCCUUUUUCAAUUUUCUAAAUUCAUUCCUUUAGCUGUGACGUUCUGAAUAAUAUGUCUAGCUACUACUUGUCUUAAAUGUUUAUAUUUUUUAUUUUUUUAAUUAACCUCCAAUUUGAUAUGAAUUGUUAUAAUUGUUUUUAGUUAAAAUUACGAGUUUUAACUGAGUAUAGCCUUUAUAUUCGAAAAUUGAUGUGCAUACUCUAAGUUUACAGGAAUGUUUCCGACUCAGCUUAUCCUAAUCCGGUAAAAAACAAAUCACAAAAGCAAAUCCACUCAAAGGCUUCUAUCGAUCUCAUACAAUUCGUCAUGAUAUUUCACCCGAAUUAUUACACUUCACGAUUUAUGCACAAGUUUGUUUCGAAUAAUCAAUUCGUUUAAAUGGGUUCAGAGUAAAGUUGAUGAUAUAGCUCUUCAAGGAUAUGAAGAAUGAAAGCAUUACAAAACUAACGGCACUGGAACUAAUCCACUUAAUGAGCAUGAUCACGUCAUCUCGAUCGCUAAUUACGCAAUUAGAAUAGAUGGAAAAUUAGAAGGCUUUUAGUAAAAACAGUUUUUGACUAACAUUUCGAAUGGUUUGCACAGAAUAUGAAUCGUUCAAAUACAUUCACGAUAACAUAUAACAAUAGUUAAAUAGUAAAUAUAAUAUCAUUGUAUUCAUCGCUUGAAUAGAGCGCGCGGCUUAAGGCUUUGGACCUAGUUCUUUAGAAAAAAUAUUUAUUAGACAUAUUUUAAACAUCUCAGUAAGUGAUACUCCUUAGAUAACUCCUCUUAAAUUCUGUAAAAUAGUAAAUACGCAGUCUUCAAAAUUAAUAUGGUUAAAAUUUAUUCAGAAAAAAAAAGAAAUACAGCAUAAUACUUCUAGAGAAAAAUAAAAACUAUUUAAUCCUUUUCUCCUGUCACUUUGUAAAUCUAUGAAUUAUUCUAAGACACUUGCACAAUCACAACAAUAUCAUCAAG